UUGCUUCAUAAUUCAUUAAUUUUCCUCUCACGGAAGAUUAAGUUUAGGAUUUUCUUUUAAUUUGGCAAGGAGAUCAUCUGCUUGUUGCUGUUUAUUUUUCUUCCACAUGCUUGUUUCCGAAAAUUAAUAAAGACCUUUUGAGGAUAGAAGUAUCAAUUAAUUCACUGCCUCACUGACCCAGAGGAUAUUUUCGGAAGGAGAUCUGCUUGUUGCUAUUUUCUUGACAAUUUUUUGCAAGGAGAUCUACUUUUGCAAACUUAAGCAAGAAUCCUUGAGGAUAGAAGUAUCAGCUCAUCUGCCUCAUUUGACUAGGGAAUAGCUUAUAUGGAGCUUAUAGGGCCAAUUUUUGAAGCAAUAAAGUGCUUUGGUGGUCCAAUCUGUACAUACAUAGAUCAUCACCCGAAACUUGAAGAACAUAUGAAUGAUCUUCGAAGAAAAGUGAAUGAUCUAAAUGAUCAAAAGGAAGACCUCGUAUUAAAAAAGGAAGCGGAGCUUCGUCAUGGAAAAGUGGUGAAGAAAGAAGUGGAGAAUUGGUUUAAAGAUGUAGAAAAGGUAAACACUGAAAUGGAAAAGAUUGAAACCAAGUUCCGUGUUGUUUCAUACUUCUUACGUGGUCAUUUUGGAAAAUUUGUUUGUCGAAAGAUUGAAGAGGUAAAGGAAAUUCACCAACAAGGUAGUUUCCCUAACGGUGUGGCAGUUGAUGGGCCUCCAACCGCUGGGGUGACAUUACCAACACCAAAUAUAAAAGGUGAAAUUGAUGUAAUAGAGCAAAUUUGGAAGUAUUUGAUGGGUGAUAAGGUUGGAAUGAUUGGAAUAUGUGGAAUGGGUGGUAUAGGGAAAACUACCAUCAUGAAGCAUAUCAAUAAUCAAUUGUUAAAGGAAAGUGAGAAGUUUGAUAAAGUGAUAUGGGUCACUGUAUCAAAAAAUUUGAAUAUUUUCAAAUUGCAAGAAGAUAUCGCAGAUUCUCUUAAACAAUCUCUUCCUAAAAAUAAAUUGCAACAAGCAACAACAAUAAAGGAUGUUUUGGAGAGAAAAAGAUAUGUGUUAAUUUUAGAUGAUGUUUGGAAACGAUUUUCUUUAUUGGAUGUGGGAAUCCCUGAACCAAUACUAGGCAUGGAGAGGAAAGUUGUACUCACUAGUAGAUCGAUUGAGGUUUGUCAAUCUAUGGAUUGUAAGGUGGUCAAAGUGCAACCACUUUCAAAGACAGAGUCCAUGAACUUAUUCUUAGAUCAUGUGGGGCAUAGUGUUGUACAAGAUCAAAAUUUAAAAGACAUUGUCAACAAAAUUGUUGAGCACUGUGGCGGUUUACCACUUAGCAUUGUCACAAUAGCUGAAAGCAUGAAGGGGGUAAAUGAUAUUUGUGAGUGGAGAAAUGCAUUAACUGAAUUAGAAGAGCAUGUGAAAAGUGUGAAAGGAUCAGAUGUUGAAAUAUUUGAGCGUUUGAGGUUCAGUUAUGACCAUUUGAAAGAUCCAAAAAUUCAAAAUUGUUUCUUAUAUUGCUCCUUGUAUCCUGAAGAUUUUGUGAUUGAAAAAGUUGAAUUAAUUGAAAACUGGAUAGAUGAAGGACUCCUUGAUGGCUUGAGGACUAGAAAAGAAAUGCAUGACAGAGGCCAUAGCAUUUUAAAUAAGCUUGAAAAUAAUUGCUUGUUAGAGAGGGAUGAAACUUAUUUGGAUGAAAGAGGAGUUAAGAUGCAUGAUGUUUUGAGAGACCUGGCAUUGUAUAUUAAAGGUCAUCAGUUCAUGGUAAAAGCCAAUGUGCAGUUGGAGGAACUACCAAGUGAGCAAGAAUGGACAACGAGUGUUGAGAAGGUUUCUUUGAUGCGAAAUUCAAAAUUAAUAGAAAUCCCUGCUCACAUAUCACCUGAAUGUCCUCAUUUGUCAACUUUGAUAUUGCAAUAUUGUGACUUAAAAAGGAUUUCAGAAUCUUUCUUUGAGCACAUGCUUGGGCUAAAAGUUCUAAAUCUUUCUGGUAAUUAUGAGAUUGAGAAUCUACCCAAUUCCAUCUCUAAGUUGAAAAAUCUCAAUGCAUUGAUACUUGCUAAUUGUCACAUGUUAAAAUAUGUGCCUUCAUUAGCAGAGCUCAGAGCACUGAGAAAGUUGGACCUUUUUAGUACAAGCAUUGAGGAGUUUCCUCAUGGUAUAGAAAUGUUACAAAACCUUAGAUAUUUUCGUCUAGGGUCAACGCAUCUAAAGGAGCUACCAAUGGGAAUAUUAGUGAAGAUUUCUCAUCUGCAAUGCUUACUGGUGGAGUUACAUUUAAGGGGGGAAGAAGUAGGCAAAUUGAGGAAGCUUGAGUGUGUUUCAUGUUCAUUUUGCGACAUGCAAGAGUUUAAGAAAUAUGCAGAGUCUACACAAGGUAAAUGGCCUACAUCUUUCGAUUUUCAAGUGGGACCAGAUGUGAAUAUUUAUAUUGGGUAUUCCCCAGAUUUCAACGAAAUUGAGAAAAAUGUUGAAUUCACAAAUUUGGAGAUAGAAAGGUGUGACGAUGUAGUGCUCCCAAAUGACCUUCAUACUUUACGUAUUGAGGGGUGUAAUGAUUUCAAAUGUUUAAGCCAUAUUCCUUUGUUUCGUAAGGCAACUGACUUGAAGAAAUGUAGAAUUCGGAGGUGUGAAGGGAUAGAGUGUGUGGUUGACUUGUCAUCAUGGUCUUGCAACGCACUUCACAACGUUGAGGAGCUAUGGCUUGAGUCAUUGUGGAACUUGCGUGAAGUUGUGAGAGUAGGAGUAGCAGCAGAAAUUGAAUCUACCUCUCAUGCUCCAACACCACCUGCCUUCUUCUCUUCUCUUAAAACACUGAAACUGUAUUCUUGUUACGAGAUUAAGAAGUUGUAUCCAGUUGAGCUGUUGCAAAGCCUCCAAAACUUAGAGGAAAUUAUAGUUGGAAAUUGUUAUGAAAUGGAGGAAAUAAUAGCAUCAGAAGAAAAUCAGGAACGAGAAGGAACAACAUUUAUUCUUCCCAAAUUAAAAUCAUUAGUCUUGGAAGAAUUACCAAAAUUGAAAAGCAUAUGCCGUGGUGGACUUGUGAUUCCUGUAGAUUCUCUCCAACAUGUCACAUUAUUCGAUUGUCCAGAAGUAAAGAGGAUCCCAUUGUCUCUUCCCCUUGUUGAAAAUGGGAAACCAUUGCCUCCUCCUUUUCUAAAACGAAUCAUAGUAAGCCCGAGAGAAUGGUGGGAAUCAGUGGAAUGGGAUCAGCCUGAUGCUAAGGAUGUCCUUUCUCCCUUUGUUCAGUAUUGGUAGAAUGAGAUGGAGAAGAGGUGUUUGAUUAAAUGAGGGUGCAAGGCUCUUGCUUCUUAUUAAAAACAGCAAACAUUAAUUGCAUGGAGAUUAUGAGAGGAAGGCACCCCUGUUGAACUCGGUGGUGAAUUCUUAGGACUGUCCUGCAACCUAUCAGAUGUGAGAAAACGCAUCCACACUGGUCUCAACUGGUUCAUGAAUUGGAAAUCAUUUAAUACAAGACUACACAUGAAAUGCAGAAAGCAAGCUUGGAUGCUUUUCUCAUUUGCUCCAAGAGACUACUGUGACAGAUAUGGACUUUGUGGUUCAAAAAGGAAUCGUGAUGGUGCUCAGCUUGCACUUUUUAAAGGAUUCAAGCCUUAAUUCCCUGAAAGCUGAUGUUUAAGCCUGAAUUUCCCGAAAGAUAGAACUCAUCAGACUGGU